CUUCGAAAUUCCCGGGGACUUUUUCGAGGCAGUGCCCACUGCGCAUGCUCACAAAUACAUGUAAAUACAUGUACACAAAACGCCAUGUCUGCAACCGGAGAUAAGCGUCAGAGCGAGUCUAGAACCAGCCCGUUGGAGGAUUCCCCGACCACACCCUCAAGUGGGCUGGGUUUUGCUUUUAGACCUUCUCCCCUAUCACUGGCGGCAUCUAAUUUAACUACAUAUAAUCGCUCAAACACUGUCGGAAAAACCAAGACUGGAGAGUCACUUUUGUCUCUUGGGUUCUCAAAGCCGCAGUUGGGUUCUCCACAUAGUCCUAAGCCUCUUGGUAUCAAUGGGAUUAGUCCUCCCACUGGGGCUGGGUUCAAACGCAAGCUGGACUCAUCUUCUAGCUCUGAAUCGAUGGUCACGCCCACUAAAAAGAGCAACCUAUUCAUGCAGUGUAUAGAAGAAAAAUCUUCUGCAGUACCACAGGAGACAGAGGAAGGAGGAGGAGGUGGUGGUUUUAUUUUUGGUCAAGAGUUAGCGAGUCGUGUUGCAAAUGCUGAUGUUAAGAGUGGUUGGGGUGUGGCUAGCGGUGAUGAGACCACGCCUCCUAAAGACUCGAAUAAGGAACUGAUUGGUAAUAAAAGUGAAGAGAAAGCCAUUAAUACUAGCUCCCUGACAUUUAGUGGCCAGCCUUCACCUUCCCUACCUGAAGUACAAAAGAUUACAGGAGAAGAAGGAGAGAGACAUGUUAUGCAAAUCAGCUGCAAGUUGUUUGUAUACGACCGCAGUGCCCGCCUUUGGAAGGAAAGAGGUCGCGGAGAGCUCCGUCUUAACGAUGCCCCUCAAUCAGAGGGCGUGUAUCAGUCUCGUCUUGUCAUGAGAGCCUCUGGGAGCUAUCGUGUUCUACUCAAUACUAACGUCUGGAGUGGAAUGAACUGCGAGAGAGUCAGUCCUCAAAGUAUUAGGUUGACUGCACAGGAAAGUGACGGAGAGUUUGGUAUUUACUUGAUAAAGGGUGCACUUAAAGACAUUCAUGCCGUCUUCACGUCAGUUGAUCAAAGGUUACAAGCCUUGCGUCGGUCCUCCUCCUCUUCUGAUGCUAAGCAACAGGCCCCUCCCCCUGUCCUCUCUCCUCCCUUGCCUCACGAGAAGGAGGGAGGAGAGAGGGAGAGAGAGAAAGUGAGAGGAGCGUCGUUUGACGAAGAGAGCAUUGUGAGCGAUAGAAACUCCGCCCUUUCCUCUCCUGAUUCGUCUCCUGAACGACAGAGAGAGAGGCUCCGAGUUUCCAAGGAAACGCUGACCACGCCUUCUUCCGAAUCUAACGAUUUCAUUGGAGGGAAAGGUCACGAAGCGACGUCCACUAAUAUUUUAUUAAAUUCAUCAGCCGAUACUAAAGAGGCUCCACCCACUGAUUCAUAACCAUGCCCACUUUCAUUCAAACUCUCUGUUGUGCUAUUAUGAAGUAGAUGUUAUUCCCUGUGUUGUUGCUAAUGAUGUAAUUUUAAUAUUUUGAUGAUAAUCAUGAAAAGGUAUUAAGAUAAUAACUGUCAUGUAUUUCAUUUAAUAAUAAUAACAAUAAA